AUGAAACUUUCUCCCUAUUAUAAAGUUUUUGAGGAGGAGGCUGCGUCUUGGGAAGAGAAGCUCAACCGAAUCCAUGUCUUGUUCGAUGUGUGGAUUGACGUUCAGCGCCAGUGGGUAUAUCUCGAGGGCAUUUUCUCUGGAAGUACCGAUAUCAAGCAUCUGCUUCCGAAAGUCUACAAGUCCCCCUUCGUGCUGGAUGUCUUGAACAUUCAGGGAGUUCAGAAGAGUUUGGAGCGACUCGCAGACCUGUUGAACAAGAUUCAAAAGGCACUGGGAGAAUACCUCGAACGAGAGCGGUCUUCGUUCCCCGGUUUUACUUUCAAGGAUAUCCUCCGCAUCAUGAAGCAUCUGAAAAAGAUGUUUGCCGGAAUCUCAACGGUUAUGUUGGACGAAGACCUGACCCAAAUCCAAGGCAUGGCUUCGAGAGAGGGGCGAAAAGGUGCCGUUUACGACACCCAUUCUGCUGAAAGAUUUCCCCAAGAUCAAUGA